AUGGCCCUGGCCCUGGCCCUGGCCCUGGAGUGCGAUAUGGCCCUGGCCCUGGCCCUGGCCCUGGAGUGCGCACGUGCGCCGCCGCUAAUAAACGGGCCCUGGGCCAGGGUUCGGCGAUCGCCGGCAACCGACAGCUUGCGCCUCGUAAACGGCGGGCGGUGCCAGAUGCAUUCCGGCGGUGGGUAUUUUUUGGAGCUUUUCUGUCGAAAGGCGCGGGUGGCUGAGGCCGGCUUUGGGGCCAUGGGCCAUGGCAGCGGAGGUCGGCUGCGCGGCCCGGAGACGAGAAAUGACCUCGAGAGGCCAGGAAAGAAACCUGAAAUGACUAGAAACGACUAG